UCAAGGUAGUGUGCGCCUGCACCAUUUCCACGUCAGUAAGUUUGCCUGUGGAGGAGAUUACCUACCGGUGACAGAGUAUCUGUCUAACGUUAAUACUAUAACAGAAAAACAGCAGGGUAUGACAACACUACGCGGAACAGUCUGAAAUAUUCACUAUGGUGGACAAGAAUAUAUACAUCGUUCAAGGGGAGAUUUCUGUUGUCGUUGCUGCAAUCAAGAGGAACUCUAGAUGGAGUACCCAUACACCUUUGGAUGAAGAACAGGACACACUGCUCAACAGCUUCAGGCUUUUGAAAGAGAGACUCAAUAACAUCAAAGAUCUUUCCGAUGUGGAACCCAAUGUGUUUCUAAGACCUUUUCUGGAGGUGGUUCGCUCAGAAGACACAACUGGACCAAUCACAGGCCUUGCUCUCACAUCGGUCAACAAGUUCUUGUCUUAUGGACUUAUAGAUGCCAAUCAUGAAGGGGCAGCGGAGUGCAUCGAGAACAUGGCUGAUGCGGUCACGCAUGCAAGAUUCGUGGGCACCGACCCUGCAAGUGAUGAGGUGGUGCUGAUGAAAAUCCUCCAGGUUUUGAGGACUUUGCUAUUGACUCCUGUUGGAGCCCAUCUCACCAAUGAGUCUGUCUGUGAGAUCAUGCAGUCCUGUUUCCGUAUAUGCUUUGAAAUGAGAUUAAGUGAACUGUUGAGAAAGUCAGCUGAGCACACGCUGGUGGACAUGGUGCAGCUGCUCUUCUCCAGAUUGCCACAGUUCAAAGAGGAGGCCAAGAGUUAUGUGGGCACUAACAUGAAGAAGGCUUACAAUAUCUUAUGGAAAAACAAACGAGUGCAGCUAAAGAUGAGAGCCGGGGGAAUGAGCGAGUCGUCCAAGUGGAAGAAACAGAAGCGUUCUCCCCGUCCCCCUCGUCACAUGGUGCGCAGUCCCUCAGGACAGAUGGAUCCAGCUCAGUCCAGCACUCUCACUAACAACCUUUCAGGUGGAGUUCCCUUCAUAGAGCAGCACAGUGGAGGUUCUUCUACAUUUCCUGGUUCCGACAGUGCAGCUUCCUCCAUCUCCAGCCCCACCACUGACAGUGGCUUAGACACCGGCUCCAAAACCACCUCAAAGGAGGAUCUCACCGACCUGGACCAGAACAGCUCAACAGCCACCACUCCCAUCACACCCUCCGCAGAGCCGGGCAGACUGGAAUCACAGUCUGAGGGCAGAGGUGUGGAGCGAGCCCAGUCCGCCUCAGUGGAGUCCAUUCCUGAAGUCCUGGAAGACCGAGACCUGCUGGCUGACCAGUCUGAUUCAGCAUCUGUCCACGAUAUGGACUAUGUGAACCCUAGAGGAGUGCGCUUUACACAGUCUACUCAGAAAGAAGGUGCUGCUCUUAUCCCGUAUGGUCUGCCAUGUUUGAGAGAGCUCUUCCGGUUCCUCAUCUCUCUCACCAACCCACACGACCGCCAUAACUCCGAUGUGAUGAUGCACAUGGGCCUUCAGCUCUUAAACGUUGCCCUUGAAGCUGCACACAUCGCCCCCUACCAGUCAUUGCUCGGUCUGGUCAAAGAUGAACUCUGUAGGCACCUCAUACAGUUGUUAGGUGUAGACCGAAUGAAUCUGUACACCGCCUCUAUACGUGUGUGCUUUCUUCUGUUUGAAAGCAUGCGAGAGCAUCUAAAGUUCCAACUUGAGAUGUACCUGAAGAAGCUAAUGGACAUCAUUACCUCAGAGAACCCGAAGAUGCCAUAUGAAAUGAAGGAGAUGGCCCUGGAGGCCAUAGUACAGCUCUGGAGAAUCCCCAGCUUUGUCACCGAGCUCUACAUAAAUUACGACUGUGACUUUUACUGCUCCAACCUGUUUGAGGAUCUCACCAAAUUGCUCUCUAAGAAUGCCUUUCCAGUGUCUGGGCAGCUUUACACAACCCAUCUCCUGUCACUUGAAGCCCUGCUGACAGUGAUUGACAGCACCGAGGCUCACUGUCAGGCCAAAGUGCUCAACAGCGCUACACAGCAGGAACAGUCCGAAUCCACAACCGUAGGAGACAGUUCAGUCAGUACCAUCACAGAUUCACCCGCAGAAACUGGCAAACCUCAUCCCAGUUCUAAUGGACAGAACUCUGUGGUGUCUGAGACGAGGGCUUCCUGUCCUCCCACCAGCGGUCAUCUCAUGGCAGAGAAGAUGAGAUUAGGUAGACAGGACCAGGAGGAGACGGACACAGGAGAGAAGAAAAUCUCGAAGAAGCCUCAUCGUUUCUCCAGCUAUCUUCCAGACUCUCAGGAACUUCUGGAAAUCAAGAACAAGAAGAAGCUUCUGAUCACGGGUACAGAACAGUUCAAUCAGAAGCCAAAGAAAGGCAUUCAGACCCUGCAGGAGAAAGGCCUGCUCAGCAGCCCCAUGGAUAAUAACGAAGUAGCCCAAUGGCUGAGAGAAAACCCCCGUCUGGAUAAGAAGAUGAUUGGAGAGUUUAUCAGCGAUCGCAGGAAUACUGACCUGCUGGACAGUUUUGUCAACACGUUCACCUUCCAGGGUCUGCGCAUAGACGAGGCCCUCCGCUUGUAUCUGGAGGCUUUCCGUCUUCCUGGCGAAGCGCCUGUCAUUCAUCGACUUUUGGAAACCUUCACUGACAACUGGCAUAAAGUGAACGGUAAUCCCUUCCAGACAAAUGACGCUGGCUUCGCCCUGGCUUACGCCGUGAUCAUGUUAAACACCGAUCAGCACAACCAUAACGUUCGAAAGCAGAACAUCCCCAUGACUUUGGAGCAAUUCAAGAAGAAUCUCAAAGGUGUGAACGGAGGAAAUGACUUUGAUCAAGAUAUGCUGGAAGACAUCUACAAUGCCAUCAAGAACGAGGAGAUUGUGAUGCCGGACGAGCAGACGGGGCUGGUGAAGGAGAACUACGUGUGGAGCGUUCUGCUGCACAGAGGAGCCUCCGCUGAAGGGAUGUUCCUGCAUGUGCCGGACGGCAGUUAUGACCGUGACCUCUUCUCCAUGACCUGGGGACCCACCAUUGCCGCCCUCUCCUAUGUUUUCGACAAGAGCCUGGAUGAUACUAUUAUCGAGAAGGCUAUUGCUGGCUUUAGGAAAUGUGCCAUGAUCUCUGCACACUACGGCUUCAGUGACGUCUUUGAUAACUUGAUCAUUUCACUUUGCAAGUUUACUACACUCAGCUCUGAGUCAGUAGAGAACCUACCCACCGUGUUUGGCAGUAACAGGAAGGCUCAAGUCGCCGCUAAGACUGUCUUCAGCCUGGCGCAUCGUCAUGGUGAUAUUUUACGAGACGGAUGGAAAAACAUCAUGGACUCCAUGUUGCAGCUUUUCAGGGCUGAGCUUUUACCCAAGACCAUGGUCGAGGUUGAGGACUUUUUGGAUCCUAAUGAGAAGAUUUCUUUACAACGUGAAGAGACGCCAUCAAACAGGGGUGAGUCUGCUGUUUUGAGUUUUGUCAGCUGGUUAACACUGAGCGAACAAUCAGGGCUCAGAGGUCCCUCCACUGAGAACCAGGAGGCCAAGCAAGCUGCACUGCUCUGCAUAAAGCAAUGUGAUCCAGAAAAGCUGAACACAGAAAGCAAGUUUCUGCAGCUGGAGUCUUUGCAGGAGCUCAUGAAGGCUCUCAUCUCUGUGACCCCUGAUGAGGAAACAUAUGAUGAAGAAGAUGCUGCUUUUUGCUUGGAGAUGCUGCUACGUAUCAUUCUUGAAAACAGGGACAGAGUAUCGUGUGUUUGGCAAACGGUGCGGGAUCAUCUGUAUCAGUUGUGUGUCCAUGCUAAUGAGAGCUGCUUCCUGGUGGAGAGAGCAGUGGUGGGAUUGCUCAGGCUUGCCAUACGCUUGUUGCGCAGAGAGGACAUCGGCUCACAGGUUCUCCUCUCCCUUCGCCUGCUGCUGAUGAUGAAACCUCACGUCCUGUCUAGAGUCAGUCGGGAGGUGGCCUACGGCUUGCAUGAGCUGCUUAAAACUAACGCUGCCAACAUCCACAGCACUGACGAUUGGUACACUCUCUUUUCCCUCCUGGAGUGCAUCGGCGCUGGGAUCAAACCUCCGGCUGCUCUGCAGUUCGCCAACACUAACCCAGACAAUGACACAGGCGCGCAGUCAGACAGUGAACUCAGCUCAUAUCAUCAGAGUGAAGUUAGUCUUGACCGGGGAUACACGUCCGAUUCUGAGAUUUACAACGAGCAUGGCAAAUCCAGAAUACCCCGUUCUGCUACUGAUGUGGAUGUAGGCUGGCUAGUGGUGGGUAAAGAUGACCUGGACGGAGCUAAGGCAGCGGUGACCACACCUUCAAAGCCCAUGAACCAUCCUCUCGUUAACCAGUACAGUUUAACUCUCGGGCAGGACAUGGGUCUGCAUGAUACCAAGUCCCUCAUCAAGUGCGUGGAUUCGCUUUCCUUCAUCGUACGCGAUGCUGCUCACGUCACUCCAGAAAACUUUGAGCUUUGUGUUAAAGCCAUUCGUGUGUUCGUGGAGGCCAGCCUUAAUGGAGGCUACCGCACCCACGAGAAGAAGAAGAGCCACAAAUACGACUCCAAAUCCAGCCGGCUCCGAAAGAAGCCACGGGAGAAGGAAGGUGCAUCACGAAGAACCAAAGCGUCCAGUCAGCGGCCCGCCCGUUCCCAUAGCGACGAUGAGGAGGAGGAGGGCGUGCCGGCCAGUUACCACACGGUGUCUUUUCAGGUUAGUCUGGAUUUGUUAGACCUGAUGCACACACUGCACACGCGAGCAGCCGGCAUCUACAGCUCCUGGGCGGAGGAACAGCGCCAUCUAGAGGAUGCAGGAAAGAAGAUCGAGGCAGACUCUCAAACGCUGUGGACCAGCUGCUGGUGUCCGCUCCUUCAAGGUAUGGCUUGGUUGUGCUGUGACGCACGUAGACAAGUCCGCAUGCAAGCACUCACUUACCUGCAAAGGGCACUUCUGGUCCAUGAUCUACAAACACUGGAUGCGGUGGAGUGGGAGUCCUGCUUCAAUAAGGUCCUGUUUCCUCUGCUGACCAAACUUUUGGAAAAUAUCAGUCCAGCUGAUGUGGGUGGCAUGGAGGAGACCAGGAUGAGGGCCUGCACACUGCUUUCCAAGGUGUUCCUGCAGCAUCUCUCUCCUCUGCUCUCUCUGCCCACGUUUGCUGCCCUCUGGCUCACCAUUCUGGACUUCAUGGACAAGUACAUGCACGCUGGAUCCAGCGACCUUCUGCUGGAGGCCAUCCCUGAAUCCCUGAAAAACAUGCUGCUGGUAAUGGACACAGCAGGGAUCUUUCAUAGCGCAGACUCCCGCACAGGAUACUCAGACCUGUGGGAAAUCACCUGGGAGAGAAUAGUCUGUUUCCUGCCCCGUCUAAAGGAGGAGCUCUUCAAACAGGCUGUCAUUCCAGAGCCUGUGUGUAAUGUUCCUGUGGAGCCCGUCCCGCCUCCUGUUGCUGUUCCUCCAGCCGCUCCCACUGUUCCAGCUCCAUCACCAGUGCCAGCAGCCCCUGCAGAGCCAAAUAUCCCCAGCAGACCCUCAUCGCCUCAAGACAUGCCGACACCGAGUGCCAACGGUGAUCGAACAGACAGAUCAUCUCCAGUUCCUCCCUCAACACCUCCGCUACCCACUCCAGCCAAGAAGAGUCCUCCAGAGUCCCCGCCACCUCUCAGCCAGUCCCCGCUCAUCCUCCAGCCCCUCGCCUCCCCUUUGCAGGUGGGCGUCCCCCCUAUGACCCUGCCAAUCAUUCUGAACCCCGCCCUCAUAGAGGCCACCUCGCCCGUGCCCCUGCUGCCCCGCCCCUCCGCAGACUGACCCGCCCCUCCGCCAACUGCCCCGCCCACAGUGUUGCAGCAUUUGAAGGAGAAACGCGCUGGAAGAAGCAUCUGAUUUCACUGUAGCCCACACACUAUUCAAUUAUGUAAGAGCAGGAGCUGGAAGAAGAGCGUACGAGAGGACAUUGAAAUGCAUGGUUGCCUCUCCUCGUUUCAAACAUCAAAGCUUCUCCCAGACCGAUCAGACGAGAAUGUCCUUCAGCCAGAGAUGAGCAUAUUUAUUCAAAUCAGGAAGGUGCCACCCCCAGAGGGACAGUUCAUUAUUGAUGGGACGAGGUGUAUUUCUGGUAGGUUAACUGCAGCUGUCAGAGCAGAUUUUAAUGUGUUAGUACUGGUCAGGCAGAGAUCACAGAGAAUGGCUGAUGAGUAGAGGUCUGGCUUGUUACACCGUACAACAUACUUUAGCGCUGAAGCUUUUAGCACCGCUCAAGAUUAACAAGACUGUACAGUAUGAUGAAGAAAACCCUAACUUAUUUAGACUAUUCUUGUCGCUUUUACUCUUUAAUUAUAGCAUAUUGGCGUAAAUUGGUCUAAAGGAAAAUUGAAGUAAUAGUCCAUCCAAAAACUGAUAAUUGUGUCAUCAUUUACUUAUCCUCCACUUAUUUAUAUGUAUAAAUGUGAUAACACUUAUAAUAACUGCACAGUAUGAAUAAUUUAUUAAACGUUAUCAAAUAAUGGAUUCAUUAUCUGUUAAGCAUUAACUCUACAUUAAUAGAGUAAGCAGUUUAUAAGUGCAGUUACAAAUUCUCUUGACAUAUAGGCACAUGUGUAAUGUGCUUAAUGAUUGUGUUUUAAUAGUUUGU